AAUUAACAUAAAAUGUUAACAUUAACAAUCUUACAAGCGAACGGUAAAGUCGUGUUUUGUGUUCGUUAAAAUUAGCAUAAUUUUGUGCCGCGCAAUGUUUGUUAGUGCAAAUAGUGUUUUAAUAUAAAAAUUGUUGUUCGUAUGCGUUCGUUCUUGGCCGCUUCAACAGCUGCUUGUGACAUCGACUCAGCGCCCACAACGAGAGACGUCAACGAUUUGCAAUUUAUCAUUUGCGAGGCGGACGCGUGGAACAACUCGAAGGCUAAGACGAUUCACAAACUCUAAAAAUGGCAGUUAAAUAGUACAAAACCCGUAACUGAUAAGAAAGCCAACUAUAUAAAUAUAUAGAGAAAAAGAAAAUCAUUCAAACGGAAUUAAUACAGAGCCAACUACAACGCACAACCUUUGAGUGAAAAAGUGUAGCUCAGAUUUUAAAGUAACUGAAUAACUGAAGAAGACAGCCAAGUUAAGAAGUUAAAGACGUGUUCAAGGCGGUGCCUGGGCAACCGCCUAAAACAAGGCAAUUGUUAAAUUUCUUGUGGCAGAGUUUCAGAGCCACAAAAGUCACGGAUUGAAGGAAAAUAAAGUAAAUGACACUUCUUGGGCCUAGCGCCCCUGGCAUGGCCUUUAUGAUGAAAAAGAAAAAGUACAAGUUCAAUGUGGAGGUGCAACUGCAGGAUUUGGUCGAAGUCGCUCUGGUCAAUGAGGUGCUCUUUGCCAAGAUAAGGCUCCUGGAUGGCGGCUCCUUUCAAGAGUACAGCAGCCGCGAGGAAGUGCGCAAUCAUCGUGUGGAAUGGAAUCGUAGCUUUGAGUUCCCCUGCAAGAUGAGUGCCAAUGCCUCGACCGGUGUCUUGGAUCCCUGCCAUUUGCGCAUCUCAAUACGCAAGGAGAUGAAGGGAGGUCGCAGCUAUUAUAAGCUCGGCUUCAUCGAUCUCAAUCUUGCCGAAUUCGCCGGCGCUGGUUUAACGUCACGUCGCUUUCUUCUCGAGGGCUACGAUUCGCGCCAUCGUCUGGAUAACUCCAUGCUAAGAGUCAGCAUCAAAAUGCAUAUGCUGAGCGGUGAUAUACUCUUCAAAGCUCCCACGCCCAGCCUGAAGAGCAAACAGGGCAAACCAACAGCUGAAGAUGCCGCCUGCGGUGGCCUGCAAACGCCAACGGCAACGGUGAUGCCCAGCAUUGGCAGUGGCAGUGGCGGCUCGUCCAUUCCCCUGGGCGGCAGUGGCGCCACCUUGGGCGGUGUUUCCAGCACAAUAUCUGCGCCGAGCACACGACCCGUUUCCACCACUAGAGAAGAGGAUCUCGACGCACAGGCAGUGAUAGCGGCAAUUGUCACAGACUCGGGUCUCUCCGAAUCCUCCGAGUCGGCGGUUACCUUGACUACGGACAAUCUGCAACAACAUGUUAUCGCUUCAUCCAAUGCCACAACACCCGUCACUGUCGCACAGACGCUGCCCGGCUUGGGCAUUAUUGGCAGCAACAACUAUGGUACCACGGGUCUCUCCAAUGCUGGUGGUAGUGGUGUAGGUGGUGUGGGUGUAGUGAAUACAGCUGCGCUCAUGGAAAUGGGUCAUUCGAGAAAUUCCAGUAAUACUAGUCAGAUGUCAAAAGGUUCGGGUUAUAGUAGUUUUUCGCACAGUCAACAUUCGAGGCAGAGCUCUGAGGGUGACUCGGGACAUGCUAGUCGUUUUAGAAAAUCCGUUUCUCUACUCAAUAGACUCAAUCAGAGAGCUAUAAAUGCCAUGAAACUGAAUAUACCAGCAUUGCGGCAUCAGCACAAGACGGAGCAGACCCAGGGACUGGGAUUGGGAUUGGGCGUCGGCCUCGGCCUCGGCCUGGUGCAGGAGCAUCAAGUUGGUCCAGCGACCAACCAACAACAACAUCAUCAGCAGGUCAAUGUUACCCUCAGCACAACCAUCGAAUAUGUGAGCGAGGAGAUGCUCUACCAGACGCCCAAUGCCACAAUGAAUGCCAGCGAUCAGCAGGCGGGCUUCGAGGAUUUCCGCACACCGAUGGCCGAGAUGCCACUGCCAUUGUUGCUACAGCCAGGUGGCAAGUAUCGCGGAUCGCCGUCACAUGCCACACAGUAUUAUGAUAGUGGAGAUACGAGUGAAUCGGAUGAGUACCCGAAUGAGGACUCUGGUGAUAACGAUUCAGGGUUAGAGGAGAAUUAUCAUACGCCUCGAGUGGCCAAAAUCAAAUCCAUGGAGAAUCUGUCCAUACUUGAAAUGGAAUUUCACAAGGCCUCUAUGGAGCUUGAUCGCAACUCGCCCCGUCGACUGAAGCAGCUGGCGGAGCAUGCACAAAUACCCAAGAUGAAGUCACUCAACAAUCUGUGUUUCGACGACUACUCCGAGGAGGUGGUGCGAGAAGAAUUCCAGCGCAUGAAAGAGCAAUCGCUGGAGGAGCGAUUACGUUACCAGCAGCCCAAUCAUCUGCAUCACACUCAUCUUCAUCUGCAUAACAGUGGACUGCGAAAGAACUCCACGACAUCCAACGGCUCCGCCGGCAAGCUGUAUGUGAAACAUACGCAGGCAAAUCAGAAUCAUCAGGCUAAGGUUGGCAAUGCCAAGUUCAUUGGCCUGGACGGUGAGAGUCCACAGCCAUCACAGCCAUCUCAUCCAUCGCAUCCCAUACAGAAGAUGCGCUCGAUGGGCACCAUACCCGAUAUCCUUAGCGAACGCAUCGAAGCGGAUCCCUUCCUGACGCCAACGUCGGAACGACGACCCAGCUUCAAUAGAUUGAUACAGUCAGCCGAUAAGCCAGCUCUGGGUAGCAGCUAUGUGAAUCGUUUGCUUACCUAUGAUGUGGUCGAUUCACCCGCUGAUAACUUUACCAAUUCCGCCUCCUUUAUGUCACGCACGCCAUUUGAACGCGCUUAUCGACGCACCAUGCUCCAGGGCGCCACCUCGUCCACACCGCUGGCCGUCUCACAGGAGCCCUACAUGGUCCGGCCACAUUCCACAAAUGCUGCCUACGAGCUCAUGAGAAGCUUCAGCGGCGUGCCACGUCGACUCUUCGACAGCGGCGGCGGCAGCAGCGGCAACUGCAACAACAGCGCCAACUGCAACAGCAGCAAUCGGCAACAAGCAACAUCAGCUGCAACGGCAACAACAGCAACAUCUAGUGCAGGAGGAGGCGCCUAUUAUGUGAUGGGCUCCAGUUGCUCACCCUGCGGCACUUUGGCCAGCAUUCAUUCGAAUCACUCGGCCUCAUCAUCAAAUGGCAGCAACAGCAGCAGCAGCGGCGCUCUCAUCACCUUCCAAUGUAAUCCACACUCUGGUCAGGAUGCGGUCGAUGGCCCCACGCAGACGCAGCAAACGUUGGUGGGUUCGCCCAACGGACAUGGCAACAGUCCCAGGCUGGGCAAUGUCAUGUCCGGCGAUGCACUCAGCUCAUUGGCGGCAAGUCCAACAGAUGCGUGCAGCAUCCGCUCGAAUCCAUCGGCCGCAUCGUUAUUACUCUCCACCUCGGCCGCUGCAGCGGAGGCAUCGGCUUUGACCUCGGCCACAACGAUGUCCAUUUCUGGUGCAACAUUAUCACCGCUGGCCACCACACAGAUCAUACGCCGGCCCAGCAUCACCAUGAUGAAUCCCAGUUCCGGUUCGUUAGUUAUAAGUGAAACAGGAUCUCUAGAUCGCACGAAAAGCAGCGGGGAGAAGCGCAAGAAGGGCGCCCUGGACGAUGGACCACGAGUAUCGGAUCGAGUUGAGGAGACGCGCGUCAAUCCAAACUCCCUAAUCGAUGAGAUUUUGAAGGACACGAAGCUGGAUCAGCUAGCUGAGUCCGCAGAGACGUCUGGUCUGCAGCUGUAUAUUGCACGGGAUGGCACCGCCUCACUGGGUGGACACGAGGUCAAGUCCAGUGUGCGGGCGGGCGCCUUCAAGCAGGUGGUCAUGCAGGAUCGAAGAUAGUAGCGUCGAUUCGUAAAAAUGUAUUAGAAGACUAACAAAAAACAACCACAACAAAAUACAACACAUACAAGAUAACUAAAGUUUUUCAAGUACAUGUAAAUCUAAUGAUUUUACAUGAUAAUUAUUUGCAAGCUAAUAGUGAGAGUAUAUAUACAUAUAUAACCUAUAUAUAUAUACAUAAGUAUGUAUGUCAUCGUCAAGAAAGUACACUAUUAUAAAUGUAAAGGCGUCGUAUGUUUAUCUAACUAGCUAUAUAUAAUAUAUAUAUAUAUGCCUACUAUAUACCGAUAUGAGAUAUUAAUAAUGUGUGUGUUAAGCGUCAUGUUAGUAGCAAAAGUCGUGCCGCAAAACUGUUAACUAACAGCGAACCCGUUUUAUAAUGCGCGCUGUUUAUUAACAGUGGAUUUCAUGUGGAAUCCAUGCGGAUCGUCUCGUAUUUCAGGAAGUGUUUGGUCAUCAAUCAAUUUAAAUGUCUAACUAAUAAAACACAAUAAGUUCGAUUUAAACAUGUAAAACUUUUAUUUACAAUUACUAUUUAUUUAGUUUUAUAUUGCUUAUCAAUGGCUUCAAUUUUAAGAGCGUCCAACAUACUUCCUAAGUCGGUCAAAAAAUAACACAAAAUUAUUGUAUAUUUGAGAAAACCAAAAAUGAUGUUUGAAACUUAUUAAACACUAAAAAGUUUGCACCUUAGAUGUAUAUACAGAACGGAAGUAAUAAUUAAUAAUAAAUAAUUGUCGUCUAUAAUACUGUUUUCGAAACAGGUUAUAACAAAAUCAUAUUCACAUUAAAAUGUUUUUUUUAUUGCUUCCGAAAUAAUCAAAAGAAAUUUCUCGUCAAAUUAAAAUGCAAACUUUGCUUUUCACACACACAAUAAUUGUAGUAGAAACCUUCCGCAAUAAUUAUUUAGCAAUUUGAUCAUUUCUGCUUCGUGGAAUUAAGCCACUGCGAAAUAUGUAUUAAUAUUUUUUACAGUUUGGCAAUUUAGUUGCAGCGUUGAGAAAUUCACAAAUUAUAACACAAAAUAAUAGUUGUUUUGCAUUUUAUUUAAAUAUAUUGGUAACUUUCGAUUCUUAAUGCAUAGUUACCAUUAAAAUAUGAAAUCUGAUUGUGUAUAUCAUUCAAAUCCUCAAACUCAAUUGAUUGCUGUCACGAAAAGCUUGUGUGUAUAAAAACAUAUUAUAAUAAUGAUAACAAUAAUCUUUGUGUUAAUAUGAAAGCAAAGUCUUAAGCAAAAAGAUUUAAAAAAAAAAUACAAAAAGAAAUGCAAUUACUUAGUUUAUAGCUUAUUUUACGUUAAAGAUGAAUGUGUAAAGUUUCUUUAGUUAUUUUUUGAUAAUUUGUAAAAAGUGAAGAUAAUUAAGAGAGCCCGAGAGCUAGUUUUUUAAAUUGUACAUGAUAAAAAAUAAUAAUAAUAAAAACAUUAAUAUAUACAAAUAUUUACAUAUGGUUGAUUGUCAAGAGGUUUGAGCUAACUAAAUGUUGUUGGCAAUGCUUGACUGACCACACAAUGAUUUCAAGGUUCAUAGUUUAAUCCAAAUUGAAUUAAUUUACAGUUCUUUUAUUAGUAUUUGCGUUUCAACAAUGCACAGUUCAAUAUCUAAUCGAAUGGCGGUAAGCCAUUUUUACAGUUGUCAUAUAAAACUAAGGCACACAAUAGUCGGCUAAGUAAACAACUGAUAAGACAACUUUUUGCCAACAGUAUUUGGUUAACUCAACUGACAAAUCUUGUGAACAUUUUUGAGCUGAUCUUAAGAAAA